AUGCGGCGGCGAGGAUCCCUUGCUGACGCCUUUCACGACGCCCCUCUUGCACCUAUAAAUAAAUUACUCGGACAAUACAUUACGGACCUGGACAAGUGGAUUGAGAAAACUACAAAGGACAUUGAAGCCGCGCAGAAAUUAGUCCAGAACAUUUUGGAUGAGGUGAAUGGGAAUGUGAAAGAUAGACAUCUGAACCAUAAAACCAAUCUAGACGAGGCAAUUGCUACUGUUGAGAGUAAAUUGGAAGAUAGAGUUUCGGAAUUGACAAAAUGGAAGGAAGCGGCAAAUGGUGUCCUUGAACAUGCUAUUAAUAAGGGGAAUGAUGUGCAUAAGAACAUGGAUCCCAGUGAGAAAGAUCCGAGUACAGGGACAGUGAUUGGCAAAGGACUUCAGAAAAUUGAUGAAGCUAAAGAAAAAGUUGAGGGCGUGAGUAGUGAGCUAGGAAAUAUUCACGGCGAUUUGCAGACUUGGAAUUCCGCGGCGAGCGGUGUGCUUAGCCAAGUGGUUCUGAAGGCGCAGGGCGUGCAUAAAAGGUUGGAUCCUACUGGUUCACAAACUCUUGCCACGAACAUUAAGCAAAUUGAAGAAGCUAAAAAAGGAAUUGACACCGCAAAUGGACAACUUGAAGGACAAGUUAACAGUCUGAAUUCCUGGAUCACCACGGCGGAGAGUAUCCGCAAGGCUGCCGAGGACAAGGCCAAGGAGGCCUACGACAAGUUGAGGGUUAAUCAGACUCUGGAUGAGAAUGUGAAGAAGAUUGUGCAAGCUAAGGACAGAAUUAAUGAUGUUCAUGAGAAGCUGAAUAGUGUUCAUGGAAGUUUGGGAGAGUGGAAAAGUAAGGCCGGGGAUGUGCUUACAGGGGCGAUUGACAGGGCCAAUGAGGUGUAUGAGAAGUUGGAGAUUAGUGAUACAAGUAAAGGGGAUUUGAAGACACAAAUUACGAACAUUGAUAACCAUAAUAAGGCAAUUAAAGAGGCGAAUGAACAACUUGCCGGGCAUGUCUCCAGUCUGGAGAGUUGGAAGGCUGCAGCCCAGGGUGUCAUUACCAAGGCGGAGGGGAAGUGUGAGGAGAUACUUAAGAGGGUUAUGACAGAUAAAAAUGCCGAACUAUAUAAGAAUGCUGACUUAUUAAAAGAGAAAGGUACAGAACUUUUGAAGGCUGCGAGUGAGGCUAAGACACAAGCCGAGCAGAAUGUCAAAUCAGCGUUGCAGGCUGUUGUGGAGAUGGACACAAGUCUCAAGAUUGAUUUGAAGGCGGUUAAAGAUGGGAUUAAAACAGGGAUUAUGGAAGUGAUUAGGGUGUUGAAGGUUAAUGAGUUGGAUAAAGAAGUGAAGAGUGAUUUGGGGAUUUUGAGGGAGAGGAUUACGAAACUUAGAGAGCAAGUUGAGAGUAGUAAUGUGAACGGCGAAGGUCUUGUUGGCGGUCAGUUGAAACAACUUAAGUCUUCCAGAGAAACGUUGGAUCGUGUUACUGGUCCACAAGGUUCAAUACAAAACGCGACGAAUAAUCUGGAUCAGAAGUUUAAGGAGGAGAUCCAAAGUCCGCUUAUCUUGGCGAUCGAAAAAGUUGACUCGGCGAUUGGGGCGCUUGGCGGGAAGUUUGAGUUAAAUGGCGGCAAAGAUAAACUAGAAACUAUUUUCGGGCAUAUUAAAGAAGAAGUUGGGGAGAUUAAGGGUGGGCCGGGGAGAACUGUUAGAGGUACAUGGCAAAACAACUCAGGCCUCGACGGUAUUAAGGAGCGAGUGAAAGGGCUUGCUCACGUGUUUGUUAAGAAGGGGAACAAUAGUGGUUUCAAGGGUAGAGUAGAGGGGUGGUUGGAAGGUGUCAUAGGGAAUAAAAAGGAUAAGCCGGGGCUGCAAGCUGUGAACUCUUGGCUUGGGACGAAUAGUGUCGAUGCAUUGAGAGGAUCGAUUAAAGACCAGAUUAUGAAACAGCUGAAACACCAAAUUGAUGCAGCUCAGGGGAUGAUUACACAAGACAAAAUAAGCGACGGCCCCAACACCAUCACAGAGAAUUUAAAAGCUAUCAAGCUGGCUUGCGAGACAUUUGUCAAGGAGCUCGACGGCGAACUGACUAAGGGCAGAAAUAAGCAGUUCGUGGAUAAGAUAACUCCGGGGAUUGGGAAUUCGCCAGGGGGGGCAACCACCAACGACGAUCUAAAAACUGCCAUCCGUGCCGCCCUCGUUGCGCUCUGCGCUUCUGCAAGGCAAGUUGGCAACGAACUCAACUUUUUAGGCAUAAGCGUGUUUGGCACAAUUUUGGACGAAAUAAAGCCUACAGUUGAUGAUCUCUAUAAGAAACUCGACGAUGCGACCAGCACUCCUAAACCCGGCCAACCUCCCACCCCCGAAGCUGGCACAGCACAAGCCGUGGACAGUAGGUUGCAGGUGGUGAGGAAAAUCGUUGAGCAGGAGAUUACCAACAAGUUUAAUAAUGAAGUCAAACAACCACUUGAGACUGCAGUUAGAGGGCUUACCGGCGCCGUUAACGAGUUCGACAAGCAAGCGCAAGAGCAGAUAAAGGCUGCGGCCAAGAAGGCUAUCACAGAGGCGGGUGGGCAGAUUAGUAAGGAUAAUGUUAACAUAACGCUUAGUGAUGACCUCAUGAAGCAGUUCAAAACUGUACACGAGAAGAUAAUUGAUACACAAACUGGACUCCAACCAUCCCUUGAAGGUCUGCUUCAGGGGCACAUUGGGGAGGAUGAUCCGGCAAGUGGUGGCGUUAACAUUAAAGACAGUGGACAGUUUAAGGAUUACGAUAAGCACGUUAAACAAGAUUCAGAUAGCCUUAAGAACAAAACUCUAACCGGCGAACAAGGCAUUGCAAACGAAGGACUUCUUCCAGAGGCGAUCGGGAACAUCAAGACCAAGGGUCUGAAAGUCAGUAAUAAACAUAUCUAUUACAGUGCAUAA